GAAAGAGGAGGGUAUCCUCGGCAGCAUCCUCCUGCCUAGCUUUCAUAUAUCUAUGCUGUCUGUCGACGACCACAUCAACAGGAAAUAUGCCUUCAAGGUCAGUACUUGUUUUCAUUCUUUUGUCAAAUUGUCGUUUGGCCACAGUGGUUGAUUCUUUUUAUUUGGCGUCUGAGAUUCCAGAGUUAAGGGGAAACGAGUGAGAGAUUCAUUAGGUGAAAAAUUCAAGUUUGUUUGAUAUAUAAAAAAAGAAAUGUGAACAAGAAGAAAAGAGUGAGUUUAGUCAAGGAUUAAGAGGGAAGAGAAAAUGCUGUUUUUUUCUGGCGUGUGCUGCAACUACUAAGCAUUGUUAGUAAGCUAAGUUUAGUCUUGGUCAAAGAGAGGAAAAAUAAGGCUGUUUUAUCUGGCAUCUGCUGCUACUGCUAUAGAGUAUUGGUAGUAAGCAGCAGGAGCCGCCUUCAGCUCUAGAGCCUCAGAGUCCAGUGGAAGCCAGUCCUAUUUAAUUUUAUGGCAUCUCUCUCGGUGCUGUGGCUUUCUCUCUGGUCGGGUUCCUUUCCAAAGCCACAGAGAGAGACGAGGGUUCGGCUCAGCCCUGCCAAACAGCACAGCCACACAGACGCCCAGGAGUCUUCCCAAGUUCUCUCUAACCAACCACACACAUACUCAGUUUCCAUCUCCUCAGAGAGAGAAGGAUGGAGGAAGGGAAAUGAAGGGGGAGGAGGAAGAAAACAGAGCUGUGCAUGCAUGACCCCUGUAGUUCUUAGGAAUAAUAAUAAUAAUAAUAGCAAUAUUUUACAUAACUCAAAGGAAAUGGAAUGACGCUAACUCAACAUUAUGCCAAUCAUUUUAAACUCUCCAUAUUCCUGUCUCUUGUGGCAAACAUGGCAGUUUCAUAAGCCCCUUAUUCCUCACUGACUGUUGUUAGAAAUACAUUUUUGGAUGACACAGGAAUGGCUGCCUUUAGUCUUCAGUCCCUGGUCAACAGAAUAUUGGUAUUACUCAGUGUGUUCUUGUCUUGUCUGUCUUUCUCUCUCUGCUGUCUCCUUCGUCCGUGCACACACUAACAAUGCCUUUGUUUGUCUACUGCGCGCGGAUCUUGAGUGAGGGGAAUCAGCAGCCUGUUUACCAGUCCAAGUGUUGCAUGGUCUCUUCUCUUCGACUCUGAUCCGGCAGGCGACACAUCCCAACAUGCGAACGUACUACUUUUGCACAGACGCAGCCAAAGACAUGGAGUCAUGGAUGAAGGUGAUGACAGACGCUGCCCUGGUGCACUCAGAGCCUAUCAAGAGCAGGUUACUAAAAGUAGAACAGUGCCGUCCUCAGGACUUCAGUAACCACAUUACCCAGAACCACCGACCAGUCCUAACCCGACCAGUGAUCCAGAACAACGAGCGGAACCAAGCUGAGGCUGAGCGGGAACGGGAACUUUACACCGUUGCCGCCAUAACCACGGUAACCUCCACCGAGGAGAAGGGGAACAGGAAGCAGUGUGACGCGGAGCGCUACGGUUUCCAGAAAGAAGGGGCAGAGAGAGACCGUCCGCUUACUAAGAUCAACAGCAUCAAACUACAGCCGGACCAGGCAGCAGCUGUUGCUGCGAACAUCCGAGAUGGAUCCCCACGACAGGCAGACACACCAGACGGGCUCUACAGAUACCCACAGGUGAACGGGUCCGGGGACCAGAGCCCAGGGGAGAUGAUGGCCCACCCCGAACCCCACCAGACUCCCUCCAUCUUGGGUAGCAUGACUCCUACCCCCCAGUACCCCCAGCAAGAGCCUGAGCCCAGGGCCCUGACCAGGACCAGCUCCAUGCAGCAGCUGGAACAGUGGGUCCGCACACAGAGAGUACGCAACCAGGACGACGACACUAGAAGUAUCAUGUCGUACCAGACCCUGCCUAGGAACAUGCCCAGCCACCGGGCACCUCCAGUCAUGCCCCACUGCGGGGACCCUGGCUACCGUACCUUACCCAGGAACAGCAUGGUGUGGCCGGACAGUAUCUCCAGCAUGUCCCCUACCAUAUACGACCAGGCCCUAGGCAUGGGGCUGGGCCUGGGGAUUUCGCCUGCAGACAAGAGGCGCUCCAUGAGGGACGACACCAUGUGGCAGCUAUACGAGUGGCAGCAGAGAAUGGGCUACACUCCCAGCCCCAGGCCAACGUCGUCCACGCCCGGGCCGUAUGGGACCCUGCCCAGCCCCAAGACCAUGAUCAACUUGUCUGAGCACCAGGGUGACAGUCAACAAUCUAUCCCCCCCUCGCCUUCCCACGGCUCCUUGUCCAUGUACGGGGGCUACUCGCCCCUCCGCUCCUCCUACAACCACAGCUCCACUAGGUCAGAAGUGGGCUUGCCUGUAUACCAGGGGGAUAUCACUAUAGACAGGAGACACAGCAGGACAUCCCACCUCAAUAAGUAUGCCUACCCACCUGACAGGAGGCCAAUGCCAGCUGGGAUCCCUGUCCAGACCAUCACUGCCCAAUCUCUGCAAGGCAAAACAAUGAGCCCAGAGGAAUACAGGGAACACUCCUGCAUGUGCAGGCCGGAGGAAGUCGACAUUGAUGCCAAGCUGAGCAGGUUGUGGAAACAGGACAAGGUUGUCCGGACGCAGGAGGACAAGCUACAACAGCUACACAGAGAGAAGUAUACCCUGGAGAUGGCCCUGCUGUCGGCCAGUCAGGAGAUAGAAAUGAGCUUUGAAAACCCAGCCACUGUACACGGUGUCAUCCAGCAGAGUGAAGUGCUACAGAGUGGCCUGCUUAGUACCUGUAGAGAGCUAUUCAGAGUUAACACUGAGUUGGAGCGGUCAUGGAGGAAGUAUGAGAAGAUGGAGAGAGACGUCUCAUUGGCCAAAAACAACCUGUUGGAGCAACUAGAGGCACUGGGAAGCCCUCAGACGGAGCCCCCCAGCCAGCAGCAUGUCCACAUCCAGAAGGAGCUUUGGAGGAUCCAGGACGUGAUGGAAGCCCUCAGCAAGAACAAGGCCCAGAGGAGCUCAGACACACAGGGAUACUAUGGUUCCACGCCCAUCUCCAACAAACACAAGAGUGAAGGUCCAGACUACAGGCUGUAUAAGAGUGAACCAGAGCUCACCACUGUAGCUGAGGUGGAUGAGACCAACGGAGAGGACAGAUCUGAACAGUCUGACAGAGACCCCUCUGACACCAAAGGAUUGUCAUACCCCGUUGGCAUCGUUCCCCCCAGAACCAAAUCUCCCGUUGGCAUCGUUCCCCCCAGAACCAAAUCUCCAAUAAUACCAGAGUCUUCCACCAUCGCGUCCUGCGUCACCCUGAGGAAGGGCAUGAGGCCAGACCCACACAUGGAGCGUCCCCGCAGUGCAGUAGACCAGCUGUGUGGUGGGCCUGUGGAGAAGGAGAGUGGCAGGCCCAGGAUGAGUGUAGAGGAGCAGCUGGAGAGAAUCAGGAAACACCAACAGGGGGUGCUAAGAGAGAAGAAGAAGGGGCAGCUAGGCCUGCAGGACAACACACACAGCCAUUCACACAGUCACAGUAACACACCAACACCCUCACGAAGCACCUCGUUCACCAAAGAGAACCCCUUCCAUAGCCUGCAGAACCGUCGUCAGCGUGACGAGGUGAUGAGCAGUGACAUCCUGGAGCUGGAGGCGUCACUCAGAGAACAGGAAGUGUUCAGAGAGCAGGAGACACCUGCCGAGGAAAUAGCACGACUCAAAGAGGCCUCGCACACUGACCACUACAACAUGGACAGAGAGUUGUCAGUCCCUGAGAAGGUGUUGAUUCCAGAGCGUUAUGUAGAGUCAGAUUCAGAGGAGGCUCUCAGCCCAGAGCAGGAGGCUGACAAACAGAAGAAGGUGGACCGUAUUAAAGCCCUCAUCGCCAAAAACAGUAUGCAGAAUGUGCUCUCACCUCCCAGUGGGGUGCUGAGCCCAGAGGAGGAGGCUGAGGAGGAGGCUACAGCUCAAGAGCAGGAGAAGAUGAUCAACAUCUCCUAUGAACUGGCUGCUGAGGCUUCCAAACGCAGCAAGCUGGUCGCAGUGCGCAGCUUGUCCUCCUCCUCACCUCUUCCUGAGCCCCAACCUUCCUCGUCUCCACCUCCUAACACACAGCCACCACCCCAGCUCACUGAUGGGUCCCACUUCAUGUGUGUGUAACAGGAGUAGCAUCAGUAAUUGUGUGUAGGAUUGCCCCCCAGGCCCUGGCUUCAGUGAAGACCUACAGGUGAGCGAUGUGACACAGAGAGAUGAGGAGGCUCCUGUUUGCUGUAAAGAAGACCUCUACACAAGGACAUGAUACACCCAGCACAAAGUGUAGACCAAGAGAACUGUACCUGACAGACAGAUAGUUGGACCACGCCAUGCGCUGGGCCUUAUAUGCUGUCUGCUCAAUCUAUGCCUCACUGUGACAUCACAUCCUCCUGUGCCAUGGCGUCACUUCCUGUGAUGUCAUCACCCUUUGACGUCAUCACCAACACAACCUCCCCUCUCCCGCCCUUCCCCCAUGGGAUCACAACUUGGCAACAAAAACACAAUAAUAAGACAUCGAUACUGUUGGUUGCUGUUAGAGUAGUUUCAUUGCCGUUAUUUAUAUUGUUUGGAGUUUGUUUGAAUAUGGCUGAUGUGUGUGUCAAGAAUAUAUGGACUGAACCCUGCUGUGAUGAGGAUGGCACACUGUUAUGCCAUUGAUUCUUUCAUAGUUUAAAAGUUCCAUUGUUCAGCAUUGUUUUAUUAACUCUUAUUGCAUUUCAGUUCAUAUUUUAGUUUGUAUUGAGUUUACAUUUUAGUUCAAUCCCAGAACACAAACCAUUUAUGUUUUAUGUGUAAAAGUAUAAAUAUAUAAGAAGAAAGAAAUAUACUUGAUUUAUAAUUCAAAGAAGGUGCCACUUUAUUCCUACUGCAGUUUAUUCCUACUUUUUUUUCUGGUUGGGUGUAAUUAUAUUUAUAUGUCGGUUUUUCUGCCAUUCCCUGGCUGUUCCAAAUGGCACAAUAUUCCCUAUGAAGUGCACUAAUUUUGACCUUGGUCCUAUGGGGUCUAGUCAAAAGUAAUGCACUAUAUAGAGAAUAGGGUGACAUUUGGGACAAACACCCUGUCGCACUGUUGUAGCCGACUUGCACGAAUGUUUUGGCUUUAAAAAUAUGCUUUGUUUAGUUUUUCUAUUUCUGAGAAGAAAAGAGAAUGUAUAUUUUUACCAGACCCAUAUGGGUACUGGUCAAAAGAAGUACACUAUGUAGGGAAUAAGGUGCCAUUUCAGACGCAUACACUUUUUUUUGGUCUACAAAAUGUAAUUACCAAGAAGUUAUGUGUAUAUACUGUACUAUGGUACACGGCACAGAUGGAUGAGAUGAGAGGAUGUAGGGUAUGCAGUGCAUUCGGGAAAAGUAUUCAGAACCCUUGACUUUUUCUACUUUUCCCACAUUUUGUUACGUUACAG